CGGCGGCGGGGGACGCGCCCGGCGGCGGGGGCGCGCACCGAGGCGCCGCUCAGUUCGGGGGCGCCCACGGAGCGGCCGCCAUAUGCCGCGGCUGCCGCGGCGGCUCCGAGCGGCGCUGCCCCCCGGCAUCCUCCUCGUCCUCAUCGUCCUCCUCCUCCCCGCGGCGGGCGCGGACGGAGCGCGGCGCCUCCAUGGGAAGUUCGCACCUCCUGAACAAGGGCUUGCCUCUAGUAAAAAUUUGAACACCAUCCAGGCUACAGAGGUUGCAGUGGAUAAGAAGUAUAAAAGCUUUGGUUCAAGAUUACAGGAGGCUGCAAGAAAAAUUAAAGACAUGGAAAUGAGGAUGGAAUGACAGGCUGCUAUUUUCCCUCAGAAUACUGAAGAUUGUAAAGCAUUGAGAAAUCGAAUUCAUGAUCCUGGAAAUCAAGCUCAGAUUAAGAAAUGUCAGGCAUUCGACCUCCGAUCAUGAAUGGGCCCAUGCACCCGCGCCCUUUGGUAGCGUUGCUGGAUGGCAGGGACUGUACAGUAGAAAUGCCUAUUCUGAAGGAUGUAGCCACAGUGGCAUUUUGUGAUGCUCAGUCUACACAAGAAAUUCAUGAAAAGGUACUAAAUGAAGCAGUGGGUGCACUGAUGUAUCACACUAUAACUUUAACUCGAGAAGACCUGGAGAAAUUUAAAGCACUUCGAAUAAUUGUCCGAAUUGGCAGUGGUUUUGAUAAUAUUGACAUCAAAUCUGCUGGAGAUUUAGGGAUCGCCGUGUGUAACGUGCCAGCCGCCUCCGUAGAAGAAACGGCAGAUUCCACCAUGUGCCACAUCCUGAACCUGUACAGGAGAACCACCUGGCUGCACCAGGCCCUGCGCGAGGGCACCAGGGUACAGAGCGUGGAACAGAUCCGGGAAGUGGCCUCGGGAGCUGCCCGCAUCCGAGGGGAGACCUUGGGCAUUAUUGGAUUAGGGCGUGUUGGGCAAGCAGUAGCUCUACGUGCCAAAGCCUUUGGCUUCAGUGUGAUUUUCUAUGACCCAUACCUCUCGGAUGGCAUGGAGCGUGCUCUGGGACUGCAGCGGGUGAGCACUUUGCAGGACCUGCUGUUCCACAGUGACUGUGUUACCCUGCACUGCAACUUGAAUGAACACAAUCAUCAUCUUAUCAAUGACUUCACCAUAAAGCAGAUGAGACAAGGGGCUUUCCUGGUCAACACAGCUCGAGGUGGGUUAGUAGACGAAAAAGCACUUGCACAGGCCCUGAAGGAAGGAAGGAUACGAGGGGCAGCCUUAGAUGUACAUGAGUCAGAACCAUUCAGCUUUAGUCAGGGCCCCUUGAAGGAUGCACCAAACCUGAUCUGUACCCCACAUGCAGCCUGGUAUAGUGAGCAAGCCUCAAUUGAGAUGCGGGAGGAAGCAGCACGAGAGAUCCGAAGGGCGAUCACAGGUCGUAUUCCAGACAGUCUGAAAAACUGUGUUAACAAAGAUCACUUGACUGCAGCUACACAUUGGGCCAGUAUGGACCCUGGAGUUGUUCAUCCAGAGCUUAAUGGUGCUGCAUACAGCAGGUAUCCCCCGGGCGUUGUCAGCGUGGCUUCCACUGGCAUACCUGCAGCAGUAGAAGGAAUAGUCCCCAACCCCAUGUCUCUAUCACACGGCCUCCCUGCUGUAGCCCACCCGCCCCAUGCUCCUUCCCCCGGCCAAACUGUCAAACCAGAAGCUGAUAGAGACCACCCGAGCGACCAAUUGUAGCCAACAACAGCAUUCCCAGCAGCGGAGACGUCAGCCCCAGCGUGGAAAACAACACAACACAAAACAAAACCCUGGAUUUUGAUCAAAGGCAAAACCAUGAACUUACAGGAGGAGACGAUUAUUGGUUUAGAAACUGGUCCAAUAUACAGUAUAAAAGGAAAAGGUGGGAGACAAAAAGAAGAUUUGGAAACAUUUUUUUCCUCCGUAUAAAUUGUAGUUUGUCCCUGUCCAGUGGACUGAUUCACUGUUUCUGUGUCCUAUGGGUUCUUUGUUAAGCAAGAGAAGUUAGUAGUUAAUUAUAUCAUGAAUGUACUUGUCUGUGUACAGUUUCUAGAACAUUAAAAAGGGUUUGUUUGCUUAGCUGUCAACAAGGAAAAACAUAAGGGAGGCAUUCAGCAAACCAGUUUUGAGAUUAAAAAUCCUUUCUUUUAUAUUUUCAAACAUGCCCAAAAAUGAGGCAGUUGGCAAACUUCUCAGGACAAUGAAUUUUUUCCCAUUUUUCUUUCUACGCCACACAGUGCAUUGUUUUUUCUACCUGCUUGUCUUAUUUUUUAGAAUAAUUUAGUAAACAAAAGAAAAACAGUUUCUCCUAAUUUUGGCAUGAAUUCCCUUAUUUCAAAAUGAAGACAACCUUGCAAAGAGAUUUUGAGGAAAACAAAAAGGUUUUGUAUAAACGAGCAUUGUGCUUUUUGUCACCAGUUAAAGUAUAUAUUAUUGGUGGUAUCUGGAAAAGGCACUAGACUACUGAAAAGUAGCAGCAUUUCAUUGCCUACAUUGAUUCCUUCCUGGUAAUGUGGUAGGCUAGCAAUAUUUUUGGUUAAAAUCAUGUUUGUGACUGUAACCAUUUGUAUGAAUUAUUUUAAAGAAAUAAAAAUCCCAGACAAAUAUCAUAUGUGUAAAAAUUUUUAUUUCUAGUAACUGUUUAUUCAACUUUUAUUAGGUUUCUUAGCUGUAAUUUUUAAACAGAUGCUGUCAAGUAUUUCAUUUCUAGCUUUACUUUGCUCUCUGUUGUUUGUAAUACUGUCUUGGAAGCUUGAAAAAUAAAAAAAAAAUAAUUCUUUCCA